AUGGCGCGGCUAUUGUCACUCCUUCUUUUCCUUGUUUCCAGCAUCCUUGCAAUCGCUUCCACCGACUAUCAUGAGCAGCUGAAUCUACGGCCAUUGCCCCUGUCGGGCUUGCUAGCGAGCUUCAACUUUCGAUCCAACAUUACAGUAGACGACUUUGAGACGCAAAAUUUUAGAAUCUUUCCCAGGUCGCUCGCGCAAAUUUUACAAUACGCCGGCACCCGCGAGCUGCACUUGCGAUUUGCUCUAGGGCGCUGGGAUACAGAGACGUGGGGAGCGCGGCCGUGGGAUGGACGCAAAGAGGGUGGACAGGGUGUCGAGCUCUGGGCAUGGCUGGACGCGCAGUCGGACACCGAGGCAGAUAAGAAAUGGCUGGUUCUGACCAACGCGCUGUCGGGGCUGUUUUGUGCCAGUCUCAACUUUAUUGACGAGACCCGAACCAUCCGCCCCGUCAUGUCUUUUCAGCCCGAAGGCAACCACUCGGAUGCGAUACUGGCCAACACGCGGCUACUGCAUGGAGUGUUGCCGCAUGAGGUUGUUUGCACGGAGAACUUGACACCGUUCCUGAAGCUACUCCCAUGCAAAGGAAAGGCUGGCAUCGCGAGUUUGCUUGACGGCCACAAGCUAUUCGAUGCCUCUUUUCAAAGCAUGGCCAUCGAUGUGAAGCCAAUCUGUGACGCCGAUGGAAAGUGCGUCUUGCAAAUGGAGGAAACGAUUGACAUGGUACUUGAUGUGAAUCGAUCAAAGCGACCCAGAGGUAUUUACACGGUUUUGUGGUGUUGGGUGUCGACUACGCUAACAAGGGCACCAGACAAUCCGAUUCCGCGACCGCCAAAUGAAAACGAGCUCGUCUGCGACACAUCCAAACCCUACCAUGCACACGACACCUGCUUCCCCGCUGAUCACAUGCUUGGCCAGGACUGGACAUUGUCACAGGUUUUUGGUCGGCCCAUGCAGGGCGCUUGCCCCCUCACAGACGCCUCGGUGCCGCCCGUCUGUCUGCACAUUCCCCAUUCGCGAAGCGUGUAUUCUUCAGACGGGUCGCACGAGAUUAAAGAUGCCGAAAGCCCCAAGCGAUGCUACACCAUUCCUGCGGAGGGUGAAUUCACCCUUGUCCUGACGCAGCCCGAGGUGGUGGUUGAAGGCAAGGGCCUCGAGGUCAAUGACCCCGAAACGCCGAUACUCUUUGCUGAGCGCAGUUUGACAGGCUACGGCCAACAAAACGGCGGCGUCCAGGCCAUCCUCACGAACCCUAGUGACGAAGAAGUCGAGUUUGUCUACAUGGAGUCGCUACCUUGGUUCAUGCGCAUCUACCUACACACCCUGUCCACAAAGAUAUCGUCUACUGGCUCCAUGACAACAGGCCAUAAUGGCAGCGACAUCAUCAAAGAGAUUUACUAUCGCCCGGCGCUUGAUCGCGAGCGUGGCACGCAGCUGGAGCUUCUUGUCCAGAUUCCGCCCCGCUGCACCGUUUUUCUCACCUACGACUUUGAAAAGUCCAUUUUGAGGUACACAGAAUACCCACCUGAUGCAAAUCGCGGAUUCGACGUUGCAGCCGCCGUCAUCACAACCCUGCGGCCAAAGGCCAUGAGCCUGCGCACCACCGGCCUGCUUCUCUACUUGCCCACACCGGAUUUCAGCAUGCCGUAUAAUGUCAUCAUCUUCACGUCGACAACCAUUGCGCUCGCCUUUGGCGGCCUCUAUAACAUCAUUGUGCGCCGGAUGGUGGGGGCAAAUGAAGUUGCGCCGGGGGCACUGAACUCGAAGCUUGUUAAGCUCAUUUCACGUAUAAAAGGGAAAACCGCAGUAGCGUAG